AUGGGUAGAAAACUGGAUGCUCUUCUGGGGAGAAAUUUCAGAGCCUGCAAAUUGAAGGUUGUAACAAACCUUGCUGUCUCAAGGAUCACCAUCCUCAGAAAGCAGAGGCAAGCUCGGUAUUCACAGGCCAGGUCUGAUGUGGUCGACAUCCUGAAACUUCAACAACACGAAAGAGCACUCAUUCGCGUAGAGUUUGUGGUGAAGGAUCGAAACAUGCUCGAUGCGCUCGACAUGAUGGAGAACUACUGCAGGUUCCUGAUAGAGAGAGUCAUGUUUCUUGAGAAGAACAAAGAAUGCCCAGAUGAGCUGAAGGAAGCAAUCUCAAGUUUGAUCUUUGCAUCUUCGAGGUGUGCAGAGUUCCCUGAACUGCAAGAGAUUCGUGGCAUCUUCCAACUGCGAUUCGGGAAAGAAUUCAUUGCUCGAGCCAUCGAGCUGCGUAACAACUGUGGAGUAAAUCCAAAGAUCAUCCAGAAGCUCUCAGCAAGGCAGACAACCUUGGAAAGCAGGAUUGAAUUGUUGAGAAGCAUUGCUUCUGAGGUCCAUCUCACCCUCGAUUUGAAACUCCAUGAUCAUCUACCACAUACAGCUGAGAUAAUGAGAAAGGACAUCGCCGAUAAUCAUCAAAUGAAACAAGAAAAUUCAAUCCCAGAUGAAGAGCUUUCGUCUGAGCCGUUAAGAGCAAGAAACAAGUAUACAGAUGUAGCAGCUGCUGCAAAGGAAGCUUUUGAAUCAGCAGCUUAUGCAGUCACAGCUGCUAGAGCUGCAAUCGAGCUCUCGAGAUCCAGAUCUCACCACUACUACCAAGAUGAUCACGACACUAGCAGCUCAGAAUCGGAAAGUGAUGAAAAAAGCACCGAGCUUGAUUCUGCUACCAAUGGAAAAGUUGCAGAGUUACCCACAACCAUGGAUAAACAAAUUGUUUUAUAUGAGGCCUACGAGGAAGAAGAGGUUGAAAAUAAUCAGCAGCUACAUGGGAACAUGCCAGCAGUACUAGAGCACCAUAACUUGGACCAAGAAAGUGGAGAAACCCUAAACUGGGAUGGGCUAAAAGUUUCAUCAGAUAUACACUCAAGCAAUUUGGAAAAGCAGUUACAUGUUCCCCUAUCUAGGAGAGUGAGGAAGAACUCACAUCAAUAA